AGACACAACAUCGGUGUGAUAACACUGCUGUUCCAGCUACAAGUGCAGAGUACAGCACUGUAUGGGCUGCUGCCGGGAAAGUUAACAUCCCAGACAGACCCAGUACAACAUGGUAAUCUGAGCAACCAUGUCAUAGAUCUGUGAGGGGCAGGAGCCAACGCUUACAAGGGCAGUCUGGGAGCAGUCUCGGAGUUGUGGCCUGUGCGAGCCAUCAGUACCGCUGAAUGACGUCGCACGAUGGCCUUUGGAUGCCCUGGCCACAAAAACUCCCGCAUGCUGAAAAGGGCAGUCCUGAGCUGGUGCCUGGAGACCUACCUGGCUACGGAGGAAACAGCUGGCAGCAGGAGACCACGGGGAGAACAAAAUCAGACAAGGUUGUUCCUUCCCACCUGAACACGAUCAGCCUUGCUGAAGGUCUGGGAAUGCCACGGCCACACAGAGAGGGACAUCUGCACAGCGAGGGCACGUCUGUCACCCGGGGUGUGUGCAGGGGAGCGAGGCUUUAGGUGGCAGCUCUGUCUGUCUGCCAGCCUUUGGGAUGGCCCCACAGGGACUCCCCGUGGGGAAUGCCAGCGGCAGUAAGCUGUGUGGGACAACAAUACCUGAAAGCACCCACUCUGCUUAUUUAUUUAUUUAUUUAUUUUAAAGCUUUUGGCUUAAAAAUGUGGCAAUCUGCCUACCAGGAUGGUUACAAAGCCGAUCUCUGGCCAGGGUGGGUUUUCUGGUACCGGCUUCACCGCAGAGUUUUAAUUAAGCUAGGUUGUUAAACCACCACAAAGCACUAGCGGUGUGCCUAAACCAGUCCUUGCGGUGUUUGUUCCUCUGCUUUUUCUCUCCGCACCCACCUGUGAUUUACUCGCACCAGGGGGCUGGCAGGAGAGAGGCGCUCUGCCUACACACAAAUCACACCUUUACUCGCUAGCGCUGUGCGUGCAGCAGGCAGCGACUGUGGCCUGACUGGAGCUCGAAGCAUUAGAGCUCCACCUUGCUGCAGGAGGAGCAGAGUUUAAGGGGACGCAGCGCUGCGCCCUGCUGCCAUGCGGCUGCUGCGGGCGGCCCGCGGACGGGGACGGGGACAGGGAGCGGGACCGGGAGCGGGGCCGGGACCUAGAGCGGGGCCGGCGGCCCUGUCGCAGGCGCUGCGGCUGGAGCGGAGCCGGCGCUCGGGCUCGGCCCUGGUGUUCCCGCUGCAGGGGCUGGCCCGCUGCCUGCUGCCCGGCGCCGAGGCGGCGGCCCUCGGCCUCUUCCAGCCCGGCCUGGCCGCGCUGCGCAGCGCCGAGCGGCUCUUCGCGGCCGGGCCCGGCCACGCCGUCGGCUACCUCAGCUCCGCCGUGCGCAUGGAGCACGCCCCGCCGCCCGCCCUGCCCGAGGUGUGCUUCAUCGGCCGCAGCAACGUGGGCAAGUCGUCGCUGAUCCGCGCCCUGUUCGCGCUGUCGCCGGCAGUGGAGGUCAGGGUGUCCAAAACGCCGGGCCACACAAAGAAGAUGAAUUUCUUCAAAGUCGGGAAGUACUUUACUCUGGUGGAUAUGCCAGGAUAUGGCUACCAGGCCCCAGAAGACUUUGUGGAGAUGGUGGAGGCCUACCUGCAGAAACGGCAGAACUUGAAGAGGACUUUUCUGUUAGUUGAUGGUGUAGUAGGACUGCAGAAAACAGACCAUAUUGCAGUAGAGAUGCUGGAAGAGUUUGGGAUUCCGUAUGUGAUGGUGUUAACAAAAAUUGACCGAGCUUCCAAGGGACUGUUGUUAAAGAAUGUACUGGGGAUCCAGGAGUUUGUGAAGGAGAAAACUCAAGGAUGCUUUCCUCAGCUAUUCCUGGUCAGUUCUGUAGAGUUUUCAGGAAUCCACUUGCUAAGGUGUUUUAUAGCCCAUGUUACUGGAAACCUGCCUACUGUAGAGGACAGCUGAAGACUGGCUUCCUGAUCUGCUCCGCUCAUCAAGAACAAAAGGUUCAGCAUUACAGCGUGCCUCGCUUGCAUCCAAUUGUCCCUGUUCCAGGUGGACGUAGGAAAGGAAACAUUUAGUGGGAUCUGCAUCUUGGUUGCUGUUGGCUUGAAGCAGUGCGAUAGAUGAAUGACACCUAGGGGGAGCCUGUCCUUCUGCCCGUUACCAUCAGUCAGCGCUGCGUCUAUCUUCUGAUUUAAAUCUCAUAGGGAGUUCUGCAGCUGCACUGAGAUGAGUUGCCAGAGAUGAACCCAUUCUCUGCAUCUGCCUUACGAUGGAAGCUGGAGCACAAUAAAGGGGUCCCACAGCAGCUGAACAUUGCUAUGAACACCUGACUGGGGGGAGACCAGAGCUGGCUGGUUACAAGGUACAGAAUCAGUACAUAGGAUGUGGCAGUGUGUGAGGGAAGCAGGAGGCAGCUGUGUAUCUCUAGUUUCCACACCUGAGCAGAGGUCAAGCCUGUAGUUCUGUGAUAUCUUACCUCACAGCAAACCAGCCUGCGGGAUGUUUGAUCCUAGGGGUAAAUACAGUACUAUGUAGACAGAUGGAAUUAUGUGCAAGUCUUAAAGACCAGUGUCUUUCAAAAGCAUCAACAUAGUCAAGGUUAUAAUUUUUGAGGCCUCAGCCUUGACUGAGGAGCUUCUAAAAAUAAGCCUGUACAGUUAAUGGGUGCGUGUAAAAGAAAGCAUAUUUCUGGUUUUAGUCUCUCUUCAGAGCAAAAUCCUUUACAAUGCUAGGAAGUGUUUUAUUGGCUAUCUAAAUACAUCAAGUGUGUCUGUUAAGUCCGUUUGUAAAAAUAAAAAGUGCUUUAAAGGGGCAGCAGACUGAAUCAG